CAUUACGUGACGAGUUAUGCUUAUACGCAGCAUCUUUCGUAAUGUCACGAAAUGAAUAUCUCAGAGACUGAAGCAAUCGGGAACACUGAGAUGAUUGGAAAUUCGCCAUAAAGCUUAAUGUCAUGAUGGAGGUCUCACGGCUGGAUUUCCACAGUGUUUUUGGCCUGUUGCAUGCUGGAUCUGCUCCGAGUUUUAGCGGUGAGGAUCUCACCAGCAGAAUCUCCUCCUAUGUUCAGACUGUCACAAACACAGAAGAUACGUGUUUGAGUCUCAGUCUUAUUGAGAGCAUCAUUAGCAGACUCGCAGCACACAGUUUUACAGCGGACGCCACAGUAUACUAUCAAGACGUCAUCAGGAGAUUGUUCACUGAGUUUAAUCUCAUGACUAAACUGGUUUCUCUCCUCAGCUGUCAGGAUCAGCUUGUGUCUCAUUUAUCUGCUAAGUGCAUGUCUGUCUACGUCAUCAGUGAGCUUUGCAUUGCUGGAGUGAGCAGUUGUAUGUGGACAGAUGCGUGUGCUGCAGUGCUUGAGCGGUCAGUGUCCGGCUGUGAACUGGACUCGUGUCUGUGGUCAGUGACGGCUGUUAUUAAAGGAGUGCUGAAAGCAGACAUGGGACAGAAUAAAAGAGAAGUCUUGACUCGUCUUCUUUCAGCAUUGGACUCCUCCAUCACACACCUGUACAGUAAUCUCCUGGCUCUGGACACACAGGAUCCUUACAGCACAGACACGAGGAGUGUUUCUAAAAGCAUGAGUGAGUUUAUUGAGCUCCUGGAAGCCCUAAACGCAGCUCGCCUCAGACACGGCCUCAGCUCUUCAGCUCAGAGACUCUCGUUCAUUCGGUGUUCAUCACUCCUGCACAUUAUGAGAGACGAUGUGGAGUAUGUGGUGAAAAAGCGAGUUCUGCUGCUACUCAAGAAAAGUGUUCUGCGGCGGGCCGGAGAUGACUGGGCUUUAGGCGAUGUUCAGUCAGCAUCAGGUGAAGAUCUCAGUCUGACGGAGGACCUGCUGGACAUGGCAGACAGUGUGCUACAGGAAGUAAACACAGGUUGGCUAAAGGAAGUUCCUGUUAAAGCUCAGGCCAGCUUCUUCGGUGGAAACUGCGAUGUUGAUGGGACGAUGAAGAAGGAUGAUGUGAUUCUGAGAGCCGUGAGCCUGAUUUUACUGAAGUCACUGGAGAUAAAAACUCAUCAGAAAGGAUCUGCGGGUGAGAUUGAAGUGCAGCAGCAUUUAACAGAGCUCAUGUUAUUCCUCCAGCAUCACGUCUCUCUGGACUCUCACCGCUGCUGCUGGGUUUCCGCACUGUUUGCUGAACAGGAUGACGACAUGAUGGAAGCAACCAACACUCUGAUGGCCUUGUAUUUAUAUCAGAAAAGGAGCUGCUCAGACUCUGGUGUGUGCAUCUGGGGAUUUAACCCUCACUGUCUCUUCAUCCUCCUGCUGCGUUCGCUCUCAUUUGACCACAGUGUCCUGUUGGACUUCCUCAUCUCCUCCGAGACCUGCUUUCUGGAGUACUUCGUCCGAUACCUUAAACUGCUCCGGCAGGACUGGACGGGCCUGUGCAGAUCCUCUCGACACAUUGAAGACUGCGACAGAGAUGCUAAAAGAGGAUCUGAUCUCUCAAUUCCAGCUUCAUCUGCAGCUGCGGUUCCCUGUGGUGAAUCAGCAACAGGUAACAAAGUCGAAAACGCUUUAGUUUCUCGACUGGUUGAUUAUGGGAGUUCAGACGAGUCGGAGGAAGCAGACGCUGUCGAUUGUGGAGCUUCUGUAAUGUUGGUGGAAGAGUCUCUGUUAGGUAAAGUGUUUGCGUGUUUAAUGGACUUGAGGACUGCGGUGAGCAGACUUCAUAACAGAGGUUUGUUUCCCUACAACCCUUCCUCACUUCUGAAACUGCUGAACGGUGUAGAGUCACAGAGGAACAUGCUUCGUUAGCUUUGAUUAACAUGAAUGGAUUCAACUUCGAUUCAAUUAUGAUUAUGAAUGAACAGAAGUGUAUUGGUUGUAUAAUGCAGUAAAUAUAAAUAUAAAAUCAAGUUAUUUUUGCAUCUAGGUUGACGUUGUGGAGCGAUUUUAAUAACAGAUGCUUGUUAUUACAAAUAAAUCAGAAAAGGUUGGGACCAGUGCUUAAUUUGUAGAUUGCGAGGUCCCGAAACAGAUCGGGGUAAUAGAUCCGGCAUGUUGCCAAAGGAGGCACACGUGUAGCAGAUGAAAGUGAAGAGGGUUGGGGAGUAAUUGAAGAGCAGGGCGAGGCGGAGGUAAGCAUUAGGAGGGGGAUCGGUAAAAUGAGGUGCCGGAUCAGAUUUCAGAGGUGCCGGAUCUGGCUUGUUUCGGCACAAAUUAAGCCCGGGUGUAUGGAGUCAAUGUAGGGCCAUAUAUACUUGCAACAUAAAAGAAAGUUUUACAAACAAAAGAUAAAGUAUUGAGCAAAGAGUUGUGAAAAAUAAUGCAAAUCUCAAAAAAAUCGUAAAGGGAAAAUUGAGUUUUGAGAAAUAAAAUGGAAUUUUGUUAAAUUAAAAUAAAGAACUGCAAAUAAAAAUCAAAAACUGCAAAAAAAAAUUAAACAUUUGCAGUUUUUUUUAAAUAUUCAUAUAUUUGCUAAAUAUUUUUUUCCAGUAUUGCCUUUACAAAACCUCUCAAGUCAAUACGCUUAUUUCACGCGGCCGCCAUUUUAAAACACAAAAGUGAGGCUGCGGUGGGAAGAAUCAUUUAUGUGUGCUUUGGUAUAUAAGAAAAUUCAAGUGCAGUCAGGGAUGAGAAAAGAAUUAGAGGAGCAGGUUGAAGUACCACAAUGGGAGCAGAUGUAUGUAAGUAAGGUCAUGAGGACACUUAUGUUCAGUUUCAUGUGCGACUGAUGCUCAUGCAAGUGUCUACGCUUAACUGAUCCAUCAUGAGGUGCUGAAUCCGUAGACGGACACUUUCGAGAUCCUAUGACCAAAAUAUCUCUGUUAUCGUCGGCUGGACUUGAAAGUUGCUGGCAUCACUACAACUGAAUGCUCAAAAUUAAGUGGAGUAAAAUUUAUUGCUAGCAGUGAUAUGACUGUAUCUGCUGUAAGUGAGGUAAACACAGACUGUAUCCCCCACAGGUAUGUAAAAUACCUGACACCCAGGAGAGAAAGAGGGUAUAAUAAGUGUUGGCGAGAGCAUCUCGGUAGACACUCGAACGACCUGUCUCUGUUGUUGCUAAUGCUGUAACAAUAAACUGCUUUGUUCGGAGAUCUCAGUCUUUGUUAUGUUUUAGAAAACUUAGAAAAUAUUUUGCAGACCAAAACCUUUUUUCCACAACAGUAACAGUCAGGAUGAUCAUUUUCUUUGGUCCAGAGCACACGGCAUCCAUUUCUCCCAAAAAAUACCUGAAAUGCUGAUUCAUCUGACCGCAGUACAGGUUUCCGCUGUGUGAUGGUCUAUCCCAGAUGCCUCCGAGCCCAGAGAAGUCGACGGUACUUCUGGACACUGUUAACAUAGGGCUUCCUUUUGGCACAGUACAGUUUUAACUGCCAUUUGUGGAUGUAACUACGUACUGUUGUACUUAACAAAGGUUUGCCGAAGUAGUCCUGAGCCCAUGUGGUGAUAUCACUUAUAGAUGAAUGAUGAUUCUUGAUGCCUGAGGGAUCAGAGGUUAUGGUAGUUCAGCUUAAAUUCCCAAACUAAUUUCCCCAGAUUGCUUGAAUCUUUUAAUCAUGUUCUGCACUAUUGAAGGUGAAAUAUUCAAAUGUUCUCCUCUCUUUCUUUGAGAAACAUUUUUAAACAUUUCAAUAAUUUUCUCUUAUUUGUUGGCAAACUGGCGACCCACGGCCCAUCUUUGCUCCUAAAGGACUAGACCUUUCUUGGAUGCUGCUUUUGUACCAAAUCAUAACUACAAUCACCUGUUGACAUCACCUGUUUCACAUCACAUCAUUAUUUCACCAAUUUACCUGAUUCCUAGCCCUAAACAUUUGUUUGGAAUGUGUUGUAGGUCUGAAUAACAGGAAAGGAUGUAUAUUUACAAAUGAAAGAAAAUUGACCAAAUAGAACACGAAACAUUUUGGCUUAAUUUACCUUUGUUCCAGAGGCAGUAAGGCUUUACAACAUUACAUUUUAGCAAGUUUUAAAUUUACAUUUCUAAUACAUGUGUUUUUCCAAGUUUUUUUUUAAAAAACUAUUUAUGAAGUUAUACAUGAAGCAUGCUGGAUUGGGAUUGGAUUUGUUUUUUUGUUUUUAAACACUGUUUGUAAGUGAUUUGUCUCUUUAUGUGUUCGUUGUAUCAUGAAAUGCUAUUACCCUAAUCUAAUUGCCCCUGGUGGAAUUAUUAAAGUUGUUAAACCUUGUUAAACC